UCGUUAGUUUGGUUUUUUCUUUGAAUUUAUUUUUAUGAUUUAAAGUAUCAUUUGCCAACGUCCUUGUCACAAACUCCUGUGUAGCAGUCCAGUAGGUGGCGGUAUAUGGGGAAAAACUAUGAUCCGCCACUAAACUAGAAGAAGAAGAAGAUCUCUGCAUCCGGUACGUCACGGACUAGGUCACGUGUCUUGGCCCCAUAACGCGGAAGCAAAUCGCUCCUGUAUGUUGCCCUGCGCCACUGAGCAGUUUGUAUAGGAAUGAAUGGGCGGCCAUUUUCUUUCGUCUGUGGUCCAUCCUUUAUUAUGUCCAUUGAUUAGACCCAGCUUCGAAAGUUGACUGCAUACAUCAUCUCUGGCCUUACUAUAAAAUAUUGAUUUACAAUGUGCAAUUUUUCCCUGAUAAAUUAAAUUCGACGAACAAAACCUGCAGCUGUCGUUGACGGACAUUUUUGUGCAGACGCGCAAGGUGUUUUGGUUUGUGUACAACCUGCGCGUGAUUCCCGGCGCAUGACAUACGUCACAACCAAACGUUAGCGAUUGGUUAUGGCAGAUCCAGAGUGGCACUGGGCAGAUCCAAUCAUUUUAAACUUCAACAGACACCCGCCUUCAAGUGAGUUAACGUUUGUCAAUUGAUUAGGUCCAGACUCUCUGUACAAAUGAAAUUAAAUGAAGUGAAGUACGAGAGUCUGGUAGAACCAGGCUAGGUCUGGACCUGCUGUAUGUAAUUUGGUUUUCUGGGGCCGCCACAGCGGCGCCCAAUCAGCGAACAGAGGGCGUGUCUGAGAACAAUGACGAUAAAGUCGUGCGCCAGUUUGAGUUGUUGUUGUAGGUCGGUAGUCAGAAGGCAAUGGAGAACGAUGUGAGCGAAGCUAUUCGGUCUGUUGUGGCAACGCUGCCGAAUAUUGAGAAGUUAAAGCCGGAGCAAGAACAAGCUUUGUUGAGUUUUGUUGGUGGCCAUGAUGUGGUGGCGCUUCUCCCCACGGGGUUCAGGAAAAGUUUGAUUUUCCAGCUGGCUCCGUUAUUGGUGAAGGAGUUGGGUAAGGCGAAUGCUGGCGAUGCUAAGCCGAUAGUUAUUGUAGUCUCCCCUCUCGUUGCACUAAUGGAGGACCAAGUGAAGGAGGCAGAACAGUUGGGAGUUCGUGCUGGGCAGCUCGGCGUGCAUGAUGACCGUGACAUUUUGGAUGGAAGCUUGAGUCUGGUGUUCGGCAGCCCCGAGUCCUGGCUGCUGAACAACAAAUGGCGACGAAUGCUAGCCUCAACCAUAUACCAGGACAACCUCAUUGGUAUCGUCGUAGAUGAGGUCCACGUUACGUACAAAUGGGGCGAGGCUUCCAAAGGCGAGUCGGCAUUCCGAGAGAGUUUUGCCAAGCUCGGAGAGCUAAGAUCUAUAGCCAAGGAGGGCUGACACACCUGCAGCAAAUUUGAGAUCCCCACGCCCAAUUACCAGCCUGCUGCAUAAAGCCAGCAAGUCAGUUGCUUGAGGAGAACAGACCCGGCAACACCUUUGUCCCACAGUGCGAGUUGUUAAAUAGCCUUUUCUUUCUGUAAUCUUUGAUCUAGGCCUGGGGAUGGCCGGCGGUCCUACUUUUCCGUUUAGUUCUUAGUUUAUGAUUUGGUUUGGUCAGGCAGGGAGGGGGGCCAGCCUCGACGUCCCUAUAGGGGGUGGCCUGGUCCCCCCUCCAUUUUGCUGAGUUUGUCCGGCAUCCUCAGGUCCCUUUUGGUUUGCAGUCUUCUUUAUUUGGUAAAGUAUUCAUACUGCAUUUCAGCUAUGGUUUCAUUUGGUUAAUAAAACCCGUUAAAACAUCUUAUUUCAUGGUGUCCUUCCUUUAUGUUGGGGUCUCCAAUUCGAGCCACUGGGUAUCUUAUUCAGUUAUGUGGAGGCCGUAACAUAAUGGGGGCUCGUCCGAACAUUAUUAUUUUUUCUCUUUCCCUAACUUUAAUUGAAAUUUGGUAAAUUUUGUGGGUGUGCACAUUUGGAAUUUUGAAGGUUUGGAUUUAUUUUGUCCACCUUAAUUAAUUAAAUUGAUUAGUCUAUCUUUUGUUUGCAAGAUAUAUCGGUACUUUAUUUCAGUAUUAGUUAUAGGUAAUCUUUACUGAGUUUCUGGUUUGUCAUUUGCGUUGGUAGACCUUAAUUUGGGCACACCCCUUAUUAGGACACCAUUUAGGUAAUGCUGUGUUGGGCAGUGUUUGUCAUUGCUGGUCUGUCUCAUCGGGCGUUGGCUUUUUUGCCUUAUUUGUAUUUGUACAAGCGUUAAGGUGGUGGCUGUUUGCCUUAAAACCUGUAUUGCUUUUGCAAUUUUUGAUGCGCUUGUUUCUUUUUCGCUUUGCGAUAUUUUUUUCAGUACAAAUAACUUAGUGGCCAUAGUUCAGGAUGGAGUUUAUUUUGGAAGAGUUUGUUAAGCAGCCUUCGCUUGAGGUGUUUCAUAAAUGCACUAAAGAUAAUUUGACUUCUAUUGCUGAUCAUUAUAGCAUCAUAGUCUCGAAGACAAAAGCAAAGAAAGCGAUAAAACAUGAAUUAUGGACUGCAUUGCUUGAGGAAGGCAUGUUGCCUGACCCUGGCAUGGCCCUUUCGUCAACAAAACAGGCCUUCCCUGAUCAAAGCAUUAGAAGGUUGGAAUUGGAGUUAGAGCUGCGGCGGCUAGAGUUGCAGGACAAAACUAGUGAGAGGGAGGCAGCAGCCAGGCUUAAAGAGCAGGAGGUCAGGUUUAAACAAAUGGAAUUGGAAGAGCAGACUAAACGGGAAAUACGCCUAAAAGAGCUAGAGCUAAACCAGGCCCCUCCCCCACGACAUGGCAGUGGUGCACAAGCUGAUUUUGACGUUAACAAGUGCAUCCGUAUGAUUCCUCCAUUUAAUGGUAAAGAUGUUGAUAAAUACUUCAUUCUGUUCGAGCGCACGGCUGACACUUUGAAAUGGCCCAAAAAUGUUUGGCCGUUACUUUUGCAAUGUGUGUUUACUGGGAAAGCCCAGGAGGCAUAUACAUCGUUGUCACCAGCUGACAGUCUUGACUAUGACAAAGUCAAGGCUGCCGUGCUUAGGGCAUUUGAAUUGGUGCCUGAAGCCUAUAGGCAAAAGUUUCGCCGGUAUAAGAAGUUAGACGAUCACACCUUUUCUGAGUUUGGUCGGGAGAAAGAGGCUCUGUUUGACCGCUGGUGUCAUGCAUCUAAGGUAGCGGUGUUCGAACAGUUACGUGAGCUCAUCCUGCUAGAAGAGUUUAAGAACUGUUUAUCAGAUAGGCUGGCAACCUAUAUUAAUGAGCAAAAAGCUUUGACACUGGCAGCUGCAACUGUCUUUGCGGAUGAGUAUGUGCUCACCCACAGGGACAGUUUUGAGAGGACUCCUGUGUCGGAGCAUAGUUCUUACUCAUCAUGGCGCAAAUCUAGCUCUUCUCACUCAGACAAUGUUCCAGUAGGAACCUAUGUUCCAUUUAUUAAGCGGGAGGGUGAAGAGAAGCUUGAAAAGUCAGACAGUGGGGAGGGUGUGAAGGAGAGGCCAACUUGCAGUUAUUGUAAGAAAAUAGGUCACACCAUUAACAAAUGCUUUACUCUUAAGAACAAGUCUCAACCACCGAAAUCUGUUGUGUUAAUUAAAAGUGAGUCUUUGAUUUCAGUUUCAACAGAGCCGGUGCGCACUCCUGACCCUGAAUUCCAGCCCUUUUUAAUGAAGGGUUUUGUCUCUUUGACAGAGGGGGACUCUAAGCUACCAGUUAAUAUCAUCAGGGACACUGCGUCCAACCAAUCUGUAAUCUUGGAGCAUGUGUUGCCAUUUUCAGAUAUAUCUGCUGUUGAGUCAGAUGUGCUCGUUAGAGGGUUUGAUAUGCGAGAUGUGGGCCUGCCGCUUCAUAACAUCUAUCUUGAGUCAGAUUUGAUCAAGGGGUGCGUUAAGGUGGGGGUCUGUGCGCAACUCCCAAUCGAGGGGGUGACUCUGCUCUUGGGUAAUGAUUUGGCUGGUGGUAAAAUGCUCAUUAAUCCAGAGGUAAUUGCUGUUCCUCUGCCAGAAAACUCUGACGAUUUGGCAUUGAAAUUUCCCAUAGUGUUUUCUGUCUGUGCCGUGACGCGGGCAAUGGCCGAGCGUCAAAAACUGGAGGCUGAGGUGGAACUGUCCGACAGUUUUCUGGUUGACUGUUCAGUUUCCCCAACCGCCUCUCCAGAGGUCCCUGCCCGUUCCGUUUUGCCUCAACUUGACUCAAAGGUUUGCAUGUCACGUGAGCAGCUAGUUGCCGAUCAAAAGCGGGACGUAUCACUAGCUCCUCUCUUUGAAUGUGUGAUUUCAGGAGAGGCGUUAGAUGAUAUGUCAACAGGGUUUUUCCUAAAAGGUAACGUGCUCAUGCGUAGGUGGACACCUCCAAAGUUAGGUGGCGAUGAUAGUUGGGGGGUGGUGGAACAGAUCGUUAUUCCUCGAACAUAUCGAAGUGAGAUUUUGAAACUAGCACAUGAUAAUCCACUUUCUGGUCACCUAGGAAUUAAUAAGACUUUUGAUCGUAUCUUGCGGUACUCUUUCUGGCCAGGGCUAAAAGGUGACGUGCGUCACCAUUGUAAAACUUGUCAUGUUUGCCAGGUUGCUAAAACCCAAGCCAUCCCUCCAUAUCCACUUUAUCCAAUUCCUGCUAUUGGUGAACCGUUUGAGCGUGUUGCACAGGGCAAAAUGAAGAGAUGGUUUGACAAGGGUGCCAGAAGCAGGAGUUUUCGUCCCGGUGAUAAAGUGCUGGUUCUAUUGCCUGUUCCUGGCUCUUCUCUGCAGGCGCGUUAUAGCGGCCCUUACCUAGUCAAGAGGAAGGUGGGUGAUCGAGACUACAUCAUCGACACCCCUGAACGUCGACGGCGUAGUAGGCUGUGUCAUAUUAAUAUGUUGAAGCCUUAUUUUGACAGGGAGUCUCAGUCUGUUUCCACCCCUUCUGAUGGUCCAGUGGUCAGUGGGGCACUGGAGCUGUCCAGUGUGGGAAUUGCUGAUGGUGACAAGGUAACUCUGGCGCUGUCUAGCAACGCCAGUGUUCCUCCCCCUGAAUCUCAGGAUGACCAAGAGGAUAUUGUAGGGAUGUCCAGUGAUGUAUGCUUUCUAAUCUUCAUUGUUGUCUUCCAAAUUUGGUUCAGUCUCUUGUUUUUCUGAACCAGAUGCGGAACACAAACCGAAGGUUAAUGAGGCGGUCAAAAUUCUUGCAGUAUUUCAAUGUGGAGGUCAGGUAUGUCCGUGGAAAGGAUAAUGUCCUGGCCGACACAUUGUCACGCUCUUUUUCUGAUGAGUGAAUGACCUCACGUUGCACUCCCGGUAUUCGCCAUCAUAGGGUGGGGGUGUUGCGUGUGGCCAUAACUCAUUCAAUCACUGUGCUGUGCCUAAACCCCCAUGUCUUUGCUUUCCCAUCAGGCUGACACACCUGCAGCAAAUUUGAGAUCCCCACGCCCAAUUACCAGCCUGCUGCAUAAAGCCAGCAAGUCAGUUGCUUGAGGAGAACAGACCCGGCAACACCUUUGUCCCACAGUGCGAGUUGUUAAAUAGCCUUUUCUUUCUGUAAUCUUUGAUCAAGGCCUGGGGAUGGCCGGCGGUCCUACUUUUCCGUUUAGUUCUUAAUUUAUGAUUUGGUUUGGUCAGGCAGGGAGGGGGGCCAGCCUCGACGUCCCUAUAGGGGGUGGCCUGGUCCCCCCUCCAUUUUGCUGAGUUUGUCCGGCAUCCCCAGGUCCCCUUUGGUUUGCAGUCUUCUUUAUUUGUUAAAGUAUUCAUACUGCAUUUCAGCUAUGGUUUCAUUUGGUUAAUAAAACCCGUUAAAACAUCUUAUUUCAUGGUGUCCUUCCUUUAUGUUGGGGUCUCCAAUUCGAGCCACUGGGUAUCUUAUUCAGUUAUGUGGAGGCCGUAACAAUAUUAAACAAACACUUGACAACUUGUUGGGUAUGUUAUAAAAUGGGGCAUGUGUUUAUCUUGUCAUAUUUCUACUCUCCCAGGUACACCUGUUUUGGCACUGACUGCCUCCGCUGACAUCAAGUCAAGAAGCAGAGUCAUCAGACUACUCCAUAUGGACAAUGCUGUUCAAAUCAUCGCUAGUCCCAACAAGACAAACAUCCGUCUUGGCUUGUGCAAGGUGCCCACUCAUCACAUGAACUGCCUAGACUGGAUAGUGCAACAUGCCAAAGACGAGGGCUCAGCAAUGCUACCGAUAUUAAUUUACUGCCAAAGCCUUAAAUCAGUGGGGAGAGAGAGACAUGCCUGGGUGGGCUGUGAUCCGGACUGUAGAAGUGAGAACCUACUGAUUGGCAUGUUCCACAGCAAAACCCUCCCCCAAAACAAGCAGAGAGUGUUGGCUUCUCUGAGGGGGGAAGGGAAUUGCCGGAUAGUUGUUUCAACAACAGCUUUGGGGAUGGGGUUGCAUUUUGCUAAUGUUUCACACGUGGUAAUGUACGGGGCUCCAGGUGACCUAGAGGCCAUUUUACAACAGGCGGGCAGGGCUGGAAGGCAUGGUCAGCCAUCACAUGCCAUCCUCUACAACACCGGGCAGUACUUCAAGGUGGAUGAAGAGGUAAAGAAACUGCUUGCUGUUGGAAAAACCACAUGUUUCAGGAAAUCUCUCCAUGCACAUUUUGAAGCAGAACCCAGCCAUGUAGAGCCAGGCCAUCUCUGUUGUACAUACUGUCAGACUGUUUGCGCUUGUUCAUCUGGCACAUGUACAGAACCCAUGCCCAAUUAUGAACAGAUUGAAGCUGAACCAACUCAUCAGAGAUCUAGGCAUGUGGAUGCAAAUGACAAGUCUUUAAUUGCAGAUUUGCUGAAUGACUACAGAGAUAGUUUGAUCAAUUCAUCCAAUCCACUGUACACCUCACAUGCAGCCUGCACUGGAUUCAGUCAGCAACUGGUGGAUGCAGUAUUGACCCACUGUCAAUACAUAUUUGACCUGGCAUACAUUAGUGCUAACCUUCCUGUGUUUAGAUUGGACCAUGCAAAGGAGAUUUUAAUUAUCAUCAGUGAUGUUUUUGGGGAUAUUGAUGGGGAUCUGCAAUAUGAUUCAGAGAGGUAUUUAACUGACCCAGAUCUCUAUUUCAGUAACUACUUCGACAAUGUUGAUGAUGAUGUUGAAGAUACACUCACGAGCCAUGUCAGUAGCUCUGAGUCUGAACAGUGAAUUCUGUGAUGCUUGUGAUGUACAGAACACUUCAAACCCCUUUGUGUACUUGUGCAGGAACAUGAUUGGUGUCAGUUGUAUAUUGUUUUGUAUGUGUUUGGUUGGUAUUUGUGCAAUUCUACAAAACUAAAUAAAAGUGUACAAAACACAUACUUGUAAGACCCUAAUUAAGUUAUAAUAGAAACGAGACGUACUAUGAAAAAGUGUUUUUUUUUUUACUAAUUCAACCAAAAAGUACUUGCAUAACAAUAUGAACUAUUUACACAUUCAUACAAAUAGGCCUUCUAUAAAAGCUUCAAAUGAAAUAGUCUGGCAGGACAAGGCUAGGACCAUUACAGACCAGGUAGGUAAUUGAUUAAAGAACAACAGUCCUCCAGUCUUUCAGCCUGCAACGCAUCCAUCGCCACACGUCAUUAUAGUUUAGCUUGGACAGAAUGUUUGUGUUAAAUUUAGGGAAUGCAGAGAAGUGUCUUCCCGGUUGCUGGUUGAAAACCUCAGUGUUCCUUAAUACCUGAAGCACCAUUAAAAUGUUGUUUUUUAGAUCUGCAUGGUGGAUGCCACUGGGCCGGGAUAGCUGCAGCUCUCCGUCUGUUGUAUCCAUCAGGGUUUUUAAUAAACCAACAGACCUGCUGACCCUGUCAGCUGUUUUCUCUGCCAGGUUGGUGCCUUUAUUCCUCAAAAAAGAUUUCAGGAAGUUGUUGAGGUGCUCGAGGUGCAGAUCAAGAGGAACAUUUUUCCCUUUCCCGCCGCUACUAUUCCAGAAUCGGUUCCAGGUUACAUCAUGUUUAACCCUAAGGGGACAUUGUUGCAUUGAUUUGUACAGUCAAGAGGAAAGUGCUGUAGGCAUAAUUAGUGUGCCCGUAAGCCUUGUAAAUCAGUAGUGCCACCUUGUACAGCCUUAUCAAGCGCUCCCCAUCUCCCUCUUUCACUGCAUCCAACAUAUCGAAUAGCAGAAAUCCAAAGCUAAGCCUGGCCUCAGUAUGCUGUUUUUUGUGGUCAAUCAGACCAGAGGAAGCCGGCUCAACAACUGGCAUAGAUGCCACCACAAAACUGUGGACUUUCUCUUCGUGGGUCUCUCUGGCUUUUCGAUAAAUGAAAACUUUCUUGCAACCUGGCUCACGACAAGGGAGCUUCUCCUUCUCAGUGCGUUGGGCUGUUGCCGCUUCAGUAACGCCAGCUGUCAGGUCAGCAAUGUCUGUAGACAUUAAAAACUUGUCAACGACCUCUGCCACAGAGUCAUGGAGCCAGGUCCUCUUCUGUUCUGCAGAGCCUUGCUGGAUGUGGUCUGGUACUAAGCCGUCUGGAGUAGCUGUGAGAAAACAAAAAAGAAAUAUAUCUAUAAAAAUUGUAUUCAUACAUUGUACCUUAUGCCAAGAAAAGGUAAUGUUUGAUUCCUUGAUUUUAAUCCUUUCAACACAAUGUAGCAGAUACAGACCUGUGACAUCAUCCAAAUGAAAAUGUUCCAUUGCUGCCACAAGGAAAAGUGCUGUCGUGUCAAUCUGCACAAACUGUUUGUAAGCGUUGUACGCAGCAUGUGGGCCUUUCUUCGCAUUGCUGCACCUGUAAAUCACAUAGCAGUUAUUUAAAUGGCUGCAUAAAACAUCUGCUUGUGAGAUUAUAUUCAUAGUUCAUAAAUUCAUGAUGGUGUGUGUUUGUUAGUAGUACCAAUCAGUGUUGGGCAAGUUACUUCAAAAGAGUAAUGCAUUAUUUAUUACUUGUUACUGUCAUUUCAAAGUAAUUAGUUACAUUGCAAUAUUACUGUCUUUGAAUUGUACGGCAUUACACUACUUUUACCAAAAUAACAGGAAAUAUGGAUUUGUUGUUCUCAAUAGAUCUUCCUGUGUUCAAUGCAGCUCAUUGCACAGCAGGAGGUGAUGUGGUAUGGCAUAAUGACUGAGCUAGGCUUAAGGCUAACAAAAGUACAAUAUAAUGGUCGCAGUUAUGGCUCAUGGUACAAUACAUUUCAUAAUAGAAAUAUUGUAACUUUAGGUAUUCAUAUAAAUCAAUAGAGCUAGAGCCUACUAGGGAAGAUGGAAAAAAAAAAAACACAUUGAGCCCCCUUUUCUACUACAACCAGGUUGUAGUCUUUUCGCUCUGUUCUAGCCCUACUGUUGAUAUGGAGAACCAAGCUAAAAGACUACAACCAGCCUCCCUGGACUGGAUUUUUUUCUCCUCUGUGAAUCUCGCAGUGUUGGCGAAUUUGUAUAAAAACACACAAGUUAAUUUCGGGUUUAAAACGUAUUUCUGGGUUAGUCGGGUUAGGGUUAGCCAAGUAAAAUAUUACCUUUUUUUGUUGGGAGUAACGCGUUACUUUUGUAACGCGUUACUCCCA